UUGAAAACCGGUGCUUUGAUUCCAAUGUGAGUUAACGGUCAGAAAUAUGUUUAUUGGAGCACCAAAACAAGUAAUAAUGAUCGGACGGUGUUGCUCCACCACUCGCAAUCGGUACCCCACUUUUCUCUCUCCCUGCCCAUCGGGCCUAAAGUUGGAAUCUCUUUAAAAUGGUCUGAUUCUCAGCCAUAUUUGCAUCCACAUCUACUGCUCGGCUUGAACUUGUAAAGUGUAUUUUUCUCCAUUUGCAUUUUCCUUCCCGCAAUGGAGAGUUGUAGUGGGAGUUGUGGUGGCGGAGGAGGGUGGUGGCUAUAUGCCAUUCCACUGUUCGCGAAGGAUGGACGCGGCUAUACGCUAAACAACACGGAUGACAUAUUUUCUGCAUGGCCGCUUUACUUCGCAAUUCUUCUCGUGGCUGCCUGUGCCGUCGUGGUUGCAUGGUUGAGCCCGGGAGGAUGUGCAUGGGCCGUGAGGAAGAAUGGUGGCGCCGCCAUUCCUGGGCCCAGAGGCUUUCCCAUCAUUGGAAGCCUCAUUGAUAUGAGCCGUGGUCUUGCUCAUCGAAGGCUCGCUCAGUUGGCUAGUAUUCAUGGUGCAAAGAAGCUGAUGGCCUUUAGCUUAGGUUCAACUCCGGCUGUUAUAACAUCUGAUCCUGAGGUGGCUCGAGAGUUGCUCAGCUCAGUUAAUUUCUCAGAUAGGCCGCUCAAGCAAUCCGCUCAGCAGCUCAUGUUCGGGCGCGCUAUUGGCUUUGCACCCAACGGUGAAUACUGGAGAAUGCUCCGCCGGAUUUCCGCAACCCAUCUCUUCGCCCCCCGCAGGAUCGCCGCCCACGAGCCAGGAAGACAAGCAGACUCGCUUGUCAUGCUUCAGAAUAUACACGAUGAGUAUGUUUUGAGCGGCGUUGUGCGGGUGCGCCGCCAUUUGCAAGCGGCGGCGCUGAACAAUAUCAUGGGGAGCGUGUUCGGGCGGAGGUUUGAUAUCUGUGGUGAGAGCGAGGAAGUGAGAAGUCUGAGAGAGAUGGUGGAGGAGGGAUUUGAGCUUCUUGGGGCGUUUAACUGGGCCGAUCAUCUUCCCUGGCUGAGAUUCCUGGAUCCCCUCCGCAUCCACUGGCGUUGCACCAGCCUCGUACCACGCGUGCGAGGCUUCGUGAGGAAUAUCAUCCAGGAGCACCGAAUCAAAGAUAAGGCUAACGACACCGCCGACUCUGAUUUUGUCGAUGUUCUGUUGUCUCUUAAUGGAAAAGACAAGCUGGACGAUGAAGACAUGAUCUCUGUUCUCUGGGAAAUGAUAUUUCGUGGGACAGACACGACGGCACUACUGACAGAGUGGACCAUGGCGGAGAUGGUGAGGAACGCGGAAGCUCAGAGGAAGGUUCAGGAAGAACUGGAAGUCGUGGUGGGAAAGAGUAGAAGCGUGAGAGACUCGGACAUCUGUAAACUUCCUUAUCUGCAGGCGGUGGUGAAGGAGACUCUGCGGAUGCACCCACCUGGUCCACUCCUAUCAUGGGCCCGACUCUCCACUCGGAACACCACUGUCGGUGAUGGGAAGUUCUGUGUGCCGGAGGGCACCACCGCCAUGGUAAAUAUGUGGUCGAUUACACAUGACCCGCUCAUUUGGGAUUCCCCGGAACAGUUUCGGCCAGAGAGGUUCCUUGAAUCUGAGGGCGGUGAGAAUGUGGACGUCAGAGGAAACGACUUGAAGCUUGCGCCCUUUGGGGCGGGUCGUCGAGUCUGCCCUGGAAAAGCUCUGGGUCUUUCUACUGUUCAUCUUUGGGUGGCCAAACUGCUGCACCAUUUCCACUGGGUUGCACACGAGCUGCAUCCAGUCGAUUUGUCUGAGGUUCUUAAGCUGUCCUGCGAGAUGCUGCGCCCGCUUCAUGCUGUUCCUGUCGUGAGGGUCGAUCUGAAAGUAGUCUGAGAAAUGAAUGCCCGUCGCUCGUCCAUUAUCCUGCUUUUUUGGUUGUGCGUAGGCUUAAAUAUGGCGUCUUGCGGUUAUAUGUACCGUAACAGUGCAAUGGUUGUGUGAACUCUGGGGACAGUGAAUAUGUGGUGGACGCACAUUUUGUUGCUUAGAAAAUCUUUGAGCCGCUGUUCCGGGUCUCAAAGAUUCAAUUUUGUAACCAUUGCUCUGGUGUUUUCUCGGCUGCAACAGCCAGAAUUAUUUUUUGACUGAUUAUUAGGAAUAUAUGGGAGUUCAUAAUGUCCCCAAAUGUUCCAUAUAGCGAGCUUCUGUUUUAAUAAUAAUAUGUCCCAUCCUACGAUGUAUGUAGUGGGAGUAAUUAAUGUCU